CGCUCGGCGGGGCCCCAUCCUCCCCUCUCGGCCAAUGGGAAGCCGGGGGUGGGGAGGACCCGCCGAGACCAAUCCUGAGGCUCUUGGACAGUUCCCCCGGUCCUAACCGACCUUCGCCGGACGGGGGAUCGGGGAAAGGGAUAAAAGAGCCCGGAGGAGGCGAUUGAAGUUUGGCCGCUGCUGCCGCUUAACUCCUCCUGCUUGAGCUACACGGCUCGGCGGCGGCGGCUGUUCCUCGCCCGCUCCUUCUUCUUCUUUUCCUCCGCUGCUUUCCUCGGAGCAGGAGCGCUCGGUGCAGCCGGGAGCCCAGCACAGCCGCUCUUCUUCCGCAGGGGGAGGAGAGCGCAGGCGGCGGGGAGGGGAGCGGCGGGGGUGGGUGGGAGAGAGACAGCCGCGGCUGCCGGACUCCCUCGGGUGCGCGCGCGCGCGCGGCUGCAGCCGGAGACAAGCCGCGAGCGAGCGGGCGGCUCAUUCAUUGCUGCGGCCAGCCGAGUCACCAGCCCCGAGGAAGAGCCGGCGCGACCUGCAGGCGACUCCCGUCAGGCUGCCGCCUUUGCGGAGGAAAGAAAGCGGUUGGGGGGCGGGCGGGGGGCAGGAGGGGGUUUGGAUCCGGCUUUUCCCUUCGAUCCGGCCGAAUCCGCGAAUGCCAGAUCUAACCCCAGGGCGUUUCGGAAGACCAGCGGGCUGGCUGGGAGUUUGGAGACGCGCGAGCCUUCCUCGGUCUUCUUGACUCUUCAUGAGAGAAACAUCUGAUAGCCAAGAAGGGAGCCCUUCCCAGUGAACCCAACCUCAAGGAUGCCCUGGAACGUCAAAUGGUUGAAUAGCUGCAACAGCCACAGCUCCCAGUCUCAGAAACAAUGCAAGAAAUCUUCUUUUGCUUUCUAUCAAGCGGUGAGAGACCAGCUACCAGCAUGGCUCUUGGAAGACAUGAGGCGCAUGGAGGUUUUCCACUGGCAAGAAGGAGGCAAAGUCAGCACAUAUUCACCUUCAGAGGCACUGCUGUAUGCCUUGGUACACAACCACCAGCCUUAUGCCCGAUAUUUACUGAACCAAUUUCCUAAAAGUGCCCUUGCAGUACCGAGCCUUCACUUCAGCUGCUGCCACUCUUCGGCUCCUCACUUAGCUAUGGCUGUCCGGUACAAUCGUAUCCAUGUCCUAGUAGAGAUUCUGAAGGCCAUCAAAAACUUUCCAGUAAGUGACCGAGCUACCUAUUUGGAUCGCCGAGGUUGCAGUCGGGUAGAAGGUGGCAAAACAGCCCUUCAUGUGGCUUGUGAACUGGUAAGGCCAGAGUGUUUGCUUUUGCUGCUAGGACAUGGAGCCUCGCCUUGCCUUCGUGACUGUGCUGGGAACACACCUCUAGACCUACUCCUACAACAAAUUUGGGAGAGUCCAGCUUCAAAUCUCUGCACCAAGCUUCUCCUUCUGGACUCACUCUUGCUCUUCAUGCCAACAGGCUUCCAUUUUGCCAUGAAACAGCAGCUGCGGGAAGACCAGCAACCAUGGCAGGACCUUCUGGGUGAUAGCCGAUAUCAGUGGUUAGCUGGUUUUGCUCCUUUCUCUCUCUUUGUUAGAUCCAUGCAAGUUUUAAUUGGGAGCAUUUCACGCGAACAUUUCCCAGAAGCUCUGGAUGGUCUACCUUUGCCGCACUUUCUGAAACCUUUGGACCUGAAGUUGAAGAGCUAAGAUUAUAAGCUAGAGAGCCCCUUCUCUCACUUUUACUCCCUUUCUCCCUCACCUUUCAGUUGCUGCUUGUGUGAUGAAAACAGGUUGUGUGGAGAACCCAUUUGCUGAAAAUGAAAUCUGUGUGGGAGAAGGAGAAGCACUUGUUUAAUUAGAGACUUUUUUCCCAAAGA